CACAAGAUAGCGGGGUGUGUAAAAAUGACCGCCAUAUUUUGCGUUUUAACUAAUUUCCUACUUAAUGACUUUUCUACUUUUCUUCCUUCGGAAUAAAUCCAUGAUUUUAAAAUGUGUAAGUCUGAUUUCUACAUAACAGUAGUAGGUUAAAUCUGUCUCCGUUUUGUCUUCUAAAUGUCUGUACAUUUUUAAAAUGUGUAAUCACAAUUUACAAGGGUCUUUUUUAUUGGUAACAGGUGUUUGUCAGUCAUUAGUAUAAAAAAAAUUGCAUGGGUCACCAUUGCAUGGGUGUCAUAUAAACCGAUUCCGCCAUAUGAUUGGUCUCUCUAACUAUAAUUACAUAUCAUUUAGAUUGUUUUUCAUUCCUAAUAGUGGCUGGUGAACGACGUAAAAUUAUAUUUAGCUCAAAACAACUCAUUUAGAACCACUAAACGUCACUGGAGUCGGUACUGAACUGGUCGCCCACUGAAUAUUACACUUGAAGUGUCAACUUGACAAACUCUUAUCAAUACUGUAUGGCUUGCAGAAAUAAGAAGCCAACUCAUCUUCAGCAGUCCUUUUAACUAAGACAUUAGUGAAAACUCAUUAAAUGUCCCAUCUAGUUCAUGUUUGCUUGGGUAGAUGACCUGUUGGUUUGCUUUAAGCCAUACAGUUAUCAGGUAUCAUCCUACCAAGUGAAUGAUACCAAUUAUUUCUGAAUACUAAUCCAUAGACUAAUCACUCAGAGAAAAGACUUAGUACUGAAGCCCAGAUAACCCACUUCUUAUGGUUCUUGGGGAUUUCCCUUCUGUUGCUUACCCUUACAAGGACACAAAACAUUACAACAAGCAGUCCAUCAUAUAGGAUGCUUUUAUGACGUAGCUUUUAAUGUACACUAAGUUGAUGAAGUUUGAAAUCUGAGAAUUAAGUUAAAACGCGUUGCCACUUUGAAGGUAGUAUACAUGUUAGAUUUAAUUUUUAUGGAUUACCUUUCCAAAUUGCUAUAUCAGAGCACUUUACGUGUUAACAAGACUCACUUUUUUGAAACACACGAUCCUUCUUAGUGGAAGUCAUUUCCUGUAUGAGGUAUGUAAAGUUUCAGUGAGACUAGUUUAUGGACGACCACUUGGCGACGCUAAAGUUUCUUCUUUCUCAGAUCUGUUUGGUGACUCAUACAAAUCGCUAUUACCUACCAAAACGAUAUUCAUUUCAGAAGACAUGUUACGGAAGAUAGUAUGGUAUUAUUAAUGUUAGGAGCAAAAGGAAUGGAAGUAUCUUCAUAUUUAGACAUGUUAAGAGUUGCGUCUGUUUGUUCAAAUAACCCACCGCUCAAUGUAUAAUCUUCCUCACCAUCACUGAUACUACCUCUGCCUUGAUUUUUUCGUUGUCGUCUUGUUAAUUCCACCUUCCGUGUUUUAUGUGAAACUGGUCUGGCACGCACUUAUGCCAGGCCCUGUAUUUAUUACGAUUGACUGAUGUGCAAGUAAUGCUCCAGAUAAAUCUUUGACCAAAUACUGGUAAUCUACGAUUGUCCUCUACUUUUAAUGUCCAUACUUUUAGACCACAAAAUAAAACAAUAAAAGAUCAUCCCUAGCAGUCAGACUUCCUGUUUAUGUCAUGGGUGAUACAAAUUGACUAAGACCAAGUGAAGUUUUUAAAUCGACCCGAGGUUUCAUCAGCAAAGUUGAUGAGACUUUCCCGGUAAUUUAAGCAGUUUGUGCUCUUGGCUGUUAGAUUCCCUUUUAUCACCGUAAGCAAUGACUGAACCAGUUUUUGGAUAGGGAAAUGCGUCCAAAGCAUCCUUGCGUUUUUGCCCGGGGGGCUUAGAAGACUUCACUUUAUCAGCUUUUCUGAAACAGAACAAUGUCAUCUGUGUAUUGUUAACCAACCAGCGUGUCCUCAGGAAGAAAAUCAGCUGAAAAAGUUGGUCAGUCUUAUGUGCUGUUAGAGGUAUGAGGGCAGUUUUCACUUCCCGGUUGCCCACACCGUGGGAGGGUUCUUCUAGAGGUACCUGAAAAGGAAAUUGGGUUAGAAGUGGUCUUAGUGACCUGAGAGCGUGACCACAGUAUCCAAGGGACAACUGCUUGAGGUUGGUCACACACGAACUUUUGGCGAGUAAUUUUCAUGUUAGUUCCGUACUUGUUGGGACCUUACCGCCGGAGCCAAAAAUACGUGGAAUAAGGUGAGGUGUGCAUUUUUAGGGCCGGCCUUUUCUAACCCCACCCUUCCUUAUGGGAAGGUAGCAUCGCUGUUAUGCUGGUCGUCUGAAGGGAACACCUUACUACCGUCACAUCUCUAUACAGUAAGCAGUACGACUUCGCCCUCAAAUCUUGGGUUUACUGCUUUUAGUCUUACCGUUCUUCAACCGACCUGUGUAUCAUGGUAGGACCUUGAAAAACGAUUAGUCCAGUUUGUAUAGCUCGAUUGGUUCAUUACGAUAGACAGGAUCAACCAUCACGUCAAGGUAGCAGCAACGGUUAAUCAUAAGCUCAACACGUAUCCCAUUUUCGAUGGUUAUAUUUCACACCCCCAAGGUAGGACAGUGAACUUUGCAAUAUCCCCAUUCAAUAGUCAGUCGGAUUUCUUGGGGAUAACAUAAUCACUUUACACGUGCCAGGUGUAAGGCGUAUCUAGAACUCUAUUUCUAGAUACUAAUAUGGUUUAAUUACGACCCGUUAAAAGUUAACACAUCGGUCUAUUUUGGUUAUUAUUUUGUAAAUAAGUUCGAUCACUACUUAAUUCUUUGUGACCACUUAGUAUAUUACUUUUGCUGGUCAUUUAUUACUUAGACUCGAUUAUACAUUUGUAUGAUUAUUAAGUUGCUGUAAAUUUUACUCUUCACACUUUUCGAUGUCGUCCACAUCACAUGUACUGUAGCUGGUGUAAAUAUGCAAGGUUCGACCACGGAUCAAAUCACCUAUACAAAUGACCGUCCCCAAGGUUUAUCUACGGAGGCCAAGAUGGUUCUCAUGCAGCAGCAGUUAGCACUACUUCUACAUGCUGAUCAUUGUGAACGCCUUGAAAGGAGGGGGAUGGCAACAAACUGUGCGGAUCGAAAUUGUGGUGAAAUUCGAAGCUUGCUGCCUCAUUUACAGAGUUGCACUCGAGAAAAGGAGUGCAAUGUUCCACAUUGUAUUUCAUCUAAGUACAUAAUGCGACACUAUCGUUCUUGUGGAGAUAUGGAAUGCAAAGUUUGUUCGGCAAUCAGGAAACCCAUUGGGAACUCUACACCAUCAUCAGUAUCAUCCGUUAGUUGCCCACAAAAUGGACUCACUUCAAACCACAAAUCUGACAUAUCAUCCUUAAAUGGCAUCAAAAUAUCAGACUCUCCGCUUCCACACCAAGAGACUGCUUUUACAACUGGUUCGUGUGAAUCACAACCAACGGUUGUGUUGAAUGGUGAGUUCAACCGGGUACCUUUACAUGAAAGCCGCAUCACCGAUCAACAGCGAGAACUAGCUAUGAAAAAAUUUGUGAAUGAUAUUUCUUUAUCAAUCUUUCCAACGGCAAAUCCUACUGCAUACAGUGAUCCCAGGAUGAAACAAUUUCUCGAUUAUGUGAAACGAAUGGAAAAAGACGUUUAUGUAAAAUCUAGGUCAACAGAAGAAUAUUUCAAAACAAUGGCACUCCAUUAUCACAAUAUACAUUCUGAAUUAAAGGAAAAGCGUCGUCUAAGGGAAUCCUGUCCACCACUACAAAAUGGAGAUAUUUCUGAUGUGACACAACCUUCAGACAUGUCAAAUUCUGUUUCAUCAGAAAAUAACUCAUUGAAAGCUAAUUCUUAUGAUCAGGAUCAGUUUUCGGAUGCUUUAGAAAUCGUAUCCAAGCGUGAAGAACAGAUUCAACGGGAAAUUAAAGUUGAAGUUACAACAGAAAGCUCUUCGAAUUCCUCUGACUCUGCAGGAGUUUUAGAAGACAAGGAUAAUAAAGAGGAUUCAAAUUCACCAGAAGUUAAAUAUCGUUCUGUCGCGUCCGUAGAACCUAGUGAAAGCGAAAUAAAGACAAAGAUUGAUGAAAAAACUGAUCUGGAGUCGGAUGCACCUGAGCCCACCAGUUCUGAUGAAAAAAAGGAGGACACCCAGGCUUCUCGAGAACCUAUCAGACGAAGAAUAUGGUACUCUAAUGAACUGUUGCAGCAUUUCCUACCAGUUGUGCUAAAAAUAAGCAAAGAAAAGGAUGCAGAACCAUUUUUGACUCCAGUGGACUGGAAGUUCCUUGAAAUAUAUGAUUAUCCUCAAAUAGUUUCUGAUCCUAUGGAUCUGUCAACUAUACGGAGAAAACUAGAAGACCGAGAAUAUAAGGAUCCUUGGGAAAUAGUCGAUGACUUUUGGUUGAUGCUUAACAAUGCCUGGCUUUACAAUAAGAAGACAUCCAAGGUCUACAAGACCUGUACAAGGUUGGCUGAGACAUUUGAAACUAUAAUUGACCCCGUAAUGCAGUCGCUUGGAUUUUGCUGUGGCAGGGAAUACUAUUACCAACCACCUACCUUAACCUGCUUAACUCCCAAGUUUUGUACAAUAUAUCGCGAUGCAGUUUAUUACGUCUACAAGAGCGAUGGUCAAACUCCUGGGCUUUUGGAGCAAAAAUACACAGUAUGCGAGAGAUGUUACAAUGAAGCUUUGGAUCAAAUAGCCCUUGACAGUGACUCCAGUAACCCAGUGAACGUUCAGAAGAGUUUGAUGGAGAAGUGCAAAAAUGAUAUCAAAGAAAAGGAACCAUUCGUAUUUUGCAAACAUUGUGGUAGGAAGUGGCACAGAGUUUGUGCCAUAUACCUUGAAGAAAUUUGGCCAGACGGUUUUAUUUGCAAUCACUGUAUUGUGAACUAUGGAUUAAAGCGUGUUGAAAAUCGUUUCACAGCUAAGAAAUUGACAACAUGCAAAUUAAGCAACUUUUUAGAAAAACGUGUAAAUGAUUUUUUGAAGAAAAAAGAAGCCGAUGCAGGUGAUGUCAUUAUUCGUGUUCUUGCGGCAGCAGAUAAAACUGUUGAAGUUAAAUCUGGUAUGAAGGCUCGGUUCUGUGAUAACGGAGAAAUGCCUGAGUCUUUUCCCUACAGAGUGAAAGCUAUUUUCGCAUUUCAAGAAAUUGACGGUCAGGAAGUUUGUUUUUUUGGUCUUCACGUUCAGGAAUAUGGAUCAGAAUGCCCACUUCCUAAUACCAGAAGGGUGUAUGUGGCUUAUCUAGAUUCCGUUUACUUUUUUCGUCCCAAACAAUUCCGCACAGAGAUAUAUCAUGAACUUUUGGUUGGUUACAUUCACUAUGCAAAGUUACUUGGUUUCACAAUGGCUCAUAUAUGGGCUUGUCCGCCUAGCGAAGGUGAUGAUUACAUUUUUCAUAUGCAUCCACCUGAUCAGAAAAUUCCUAAACCUAAAAGGUUACAAGAAUGGUAUCAAAAAAUGCUUAAAAAAGCACUCAUUGAACGGAUUGUGGUGGAUUACAAAGAUAUCUGUCAGGAUGCUAAUGAGUCCCAUAUGAUCUCUCCAGCUGAACUUGCCUAUUUCGAAGGUGACUUUUGGCCAAAUACUUUGGAAGAAAUAUUUAAGGAAAUGGAUGAAGAAGAUGCCAAAAGAAAACAGGAGCAAGAAGCAUUGGCUCGCGGUGGUGAUGACGAUGAUGAGGCAAAAGAAAACGUGCAAACUAAAGAAACCGAUGAAAAUCCGGGAAAGAAGAAAGCCAAACGAAGAAAGCUCAAACGUAGUGCUUCUAUAACGAUCACAGGUAAACGAAAGCGCCUGGGUGGUAUAGGUUCAGGUGAUGUUGCAAAUGAAGUUGCACGUCGUGUCUACGAAAUAAUGGAGAAACAUAAGGAAAACUUCUUUGUCAUUCGAUUGCAUCCUCAAAAUUCAGUCGCUGCACUUCCACCAAUUAAGGAUCCUGAUCCACUUAUCAACUCAGAGCUAAUGGAAUGUCGUGGUGCUUUCUUAGAAAAAGCUCGUGAAAAGCACUUGGAAUUUUCAUCAUUACGACGUGCUAAAUAUUCCACUUUGGUGAUGUUAUAUGAAUUACAUAAUGAAAAUCGUCAACCUCUAAUGUACACUUGCAAUGUUUGUAGUGCACAACUGGAAACUCCAUGGCAUUGUAAACAAUGUAUCGAAUAUGACUUAUGUCCCCGAUGCUAUGAAACCGAAAACCAUCCUCACCCUAUGGUGAAAAUAGGUAUUGGACUUGACGAUUGUAACAAAGGACAAGAGCAAAGUAACGAUUCAACUAUUCAGGAAUCAGGAAGAGAUAAAUUGAGUCGUUGGGUAAAAGCCUUGGGUCAUAGCUGUUAUUGUCGUGAUGCAAAUUGUCGUGUAUAUGCAUGUAAGACAAUGAAAUAUCAGGUGCAACACUUUCGUGUACAUUCAACAGAUCGAAAUCAAUGUUCUGUUUGUCGAUUCAUCUAUUAUUUAUGUUGCUAUCAUUCCAAAACUUGCCAUGAAUUGAAGUGUCUUGUACCUUUAUGUCCUAAACUUAAGGCAAAAAUGAAGCAACAGCAAAAGCAACAACGCCUAAAACAAACACAAAUGUUGCGCAGACGUAUGGCCACGAUGCAGCGCUGUAACAGCAUGACUCCUAAUCAUCAACCAACUCCCCCACCAUCUCAAAAUUAUCAACAAUGUUCUCAAUCUUCGACAUCUGAUUGCAUAUCUUCCCCUAUGUCUGUACCUAUGCAGUCAUCGCCAUUUGCUUCUACAGCUGUUACUACUGUUUCCUACAACCUUACCUCUCCACAUUCAAGAAGUCAAUCUUCUAUCCAAUCUCCACAGCAAAGUCCGUUUUUUCACCCUCCUUGUCCAUCAUCUUAUCAGAAUUCUCAACAAACUUCUCAUUCAUCAAAGGCAUAUGUGUCUAGUCCGUCAGUUCCACGAUCCCCGUCAAUAUCUGUUAUGCCAGUCUCUACUUGUGUUCAAAAUCUCCCCCAGUCAACUGGGAUUCAUAAUAAGCCAGUUGGAACUUUAGAAUCGGACCAGCUGAUAAACACACAUGUAGAUAUCAGUAGGACAGGUUAUGCUUUUCAGUCUCAAUCAAAAUAUUCUUUAUCUUGUACCCAGCCUACAACAUCUUUCAGUACCCAGCAACAAAUGCAGCGACAUCAUAUACAGGAACGCCCACAAACAAGCCUUAAUAAUAAUUGGGCCCCCAAUUACGUUGUUUCUCAACAUAGCAUCCAGUCACAUGGAUCUACUUCUGGACACUCAGUCGCACAUCGACCUUUGAUUACAAGCAAUUCAGUUCCCAUAGAUGCAUUAUCUCCAAAACCAUUUGUUCACCAACCAGGUGUGACUCUUAUGGAUGUUGACCCGUCGUAUCCCCAGCAAAUAAUGUCAAGUCGGUUUCAGGGAGAAACUGAACAUAAUAAUCACAUUUUCAAUAAGCAAUCCCAACAAGCGGUUACACACCACCCUUCACUAGCUUAUUCUCAAGUUAUUGAAGGGCAUAAUCCUGGAACCCUUUUACCUCCUAAUCAAACUUCAUCAGGAACUAUUUCCAACUCUAAUUGGAGGCAACCUGGAACUGCACCUCCAGGCAGUACUAUGUAUCCAUCAGGGUCAUCUGUUAGCUCUACUCAACCAAAUACAUCAAUCGUUCGGUCUGCACCUAUGCAAUCUACGUCCUCUCAAUCCAUAGUAUCAACAACCUCGCCUAACACUGGUGUUGUUGUUCCGUGUAGCAUCUCUCCAGAGGAUGUGCGGAUCGUUCAACAAGCAUAUACUACAAUGCGGCAGCGAGGUGCUCCGGCGUCUGAGUUUUCAAGUUGGUUAAACUCCAGUCCACAAUAUGUGAGGGCGUGGCAGUAUAUUCAACAAUCACAUUUACACAACCAACAACAACAGUUAUCUCAAAUGUCCGGAUGUAUGCCUAGUACUUCUACUCCCCAUUGCCCUAUGGGAGCUCAGCUACAUAGUACAUAUUCUGCUUGUCAGACUCCACAAAAUUCUCAGUCAUUUACUGGAUCGCGUUCUUUACCUCCUCAGUCAAGGUAUCCGUAUUCACAGGUUCAACAGCAGCAGAUUAUUGGAAAUCCUCAGUCACACCAAUCACAGUCUUGGUCCUCUUUGCCCACACAACAACCUCGUUUUCGGCAAGCAGUAACUCCUCCAAGUUUUAAUCAACAAUCUAAUCAACAGUUUUCAAUUCCUUGUCAUCAACAAGUUGGUAAACCUCCAUCUACAACUAUAUCUCCAACUCAAGCAUCUAAUUCUCCUCAACGCUACAUGACUCAAACAAAUAUGCCUCAACCUAUGACCAAUCAAAUUCCUAUUUCACCUCCUGCUUCUAACAUAUCUCGAUGUGCUAAUACUGUAAUGCCACAAAUGGCGUCACUUCCACGUUGUACGAACAGCCUCUCAAUGCCUUCCAUGGGUCUUGUAAAUUCUGCUGGUAUGAGUCCUAAUCGGGCAGUUCAACCCUCUCCUCAUUAUUCGUCUGUAAUGCUAUCACAGUUAUUAGGGCCUGGUCAAACAGCUAAUCUUGUUAACACCCCAUCAUCUGUUUCAGAGUAUCCUAAUAUACCAAGUAAACAGCAUCUUGUUCGACAGGAAUUCAUUCCUUCAACAGUUUUCCAGCAGAAAUUAAAUUAGGGCUAAAUAUUGUUGUCCAUUUAUCUAUAUUUCAGCUGACUUUUCUUGAAAUACUUGUGUUAAGUUUAAACUUUUCUUAUUCAGAUGUAUGUAUAUAUAAUAUGAAUUUGAUUAAUGAAUUAUCUGUGAGUUCUCACUACUACUUGUUAUUUUUCUUUAUUACAAAAAUGUGUAAAUAGUACUUUUGACCUCCCAGAAUGCUUUUUUAAAAUUCAUUCUGUAUUAAUUUCGCUGUCUACUUCUCACUUCAAUUUUCCCCAGUGGUGAGAUCAUGUGAUUUUUUGCCAUUUUCUGUAUAUUUGUACAGGCCAUUGUAUAUCUGUACGUGGCUAUCCCAAUUUUUGUUGAGCUAGAUUAUACACACAUUCACAUUGUCAAACCUUAUAUUAAUGUAUUACUACUGAUGUAAUUUUGUUUUCUUUAAUAAGAAAUUUCUUUUUAAAUAUGAAUUCACUCAAAUGUAGUUAUUUCU